AUGCUGCGCUGUCUGCUGCUCUGCUGCUGCGUCAGUCUGCUGCGUCUCUCCUCGGCGCUGGUCCACGGAAACCUGCAGCUGGACGCCGAGCCCGCCUACCUGUCUGACAUCGAGAGAAGCCACGCCCCCGACGCUGUACGUGACCCCGCCCUCUUACCUGUUGACUCUGUGGAGGAUCACUUCCUGUUGGACUCGUAUGACGAGGACUCGUCUGCAGCGCUGCAGCUGCAGGGUCGGGCCAUGCGCUCGCCGCGUCGCUGCAUCCCUCACCAGCAGUCGUGUCUCGGUUACCCGCUGCCCUGCUGCGACCUGUGUGACACCUGCUACUGCCGCUUCUUCAACGCCAUCUGCUACUGCCGCCGCGUGGGCCACGCCUGCCCACCGCGACGCACCUGA